AUGGCACAGAUGCACAACACCAUCAUUCGCGCGCUGAACUCUGCGUGGAACCACGCUCCGAGCGUGAAGCCUUCCACCCAAGAAGCAGCAGAUUUCCUUCUAUUCAACCAACAGCUUUUUACCACUCUUGACCACCACCACAAGGUGGAGGAUGAUUACAUGUUUCCGGCCCUCGAGAAGUUGCUCGGUCGGUCCGGUGCGAUGGAGGAAAAUGUCAAAGGCCAUCAAUCAUUCGCAGAAGGCCUGGCCAUUUUCCAAAAGUACGUUUUCGUCACUUCAUCAGAUGAGUUCAACGGCACGACCUUCCGACAUAUCAUCGAGUCAUUCGCGCCUGAACUCAUCCAACACCUGCACGACGAGAUUGUCAGUCUGAUGGCUCUCCACGUUCUGGAUUCCGCCGAGCUAAUGAAGAUUUGGAAACAUGCAGAGCGCAUCGCGGUCAAGGACACCGACCUGUACUCCGAUGCCCCUUGGACACUUGGUUGCCAGGACAAAUCUUUUUUCAUCGACGGCGUCAAGGGCACAUUCCCCGGUGCGCCUUGGAUCUUGGAAACCGUCGUGCGAAAUUGGCAUGCAAGGAGGCAUGCCGGGGCGUGGAAAUUCUGCCCUUCGGACCUUCACGGCCACAGGAGGCAAAUGAUCAGGGCCUGA